AUGGAUGACAAAUCCCUCCGGAAGGCAGUCCACAAUGCUUGGCCGCAGUUGGUGGAUUUCCUCAGUCACACUCCUGAGUGGGUGCUGCAGAAAGCCAAGCAGCUUCUCCCACAGGCGGACUUGAGUCAGGUUGAGGGGGUUGCUGACUGCAGAAAGAAGUUCUCCUUAGUCCUGGACAUGUUUCUGAGGAGUGAGGAUGCCGAUUCUUCCGUCUUCAAACACUUUAUGCAGAGCGUUUGCAUGGAAUGCAACCUGCCCAUGGAACUUGAGAUCAUCUGCAUGAGUGCAUCAGGAGAAGGGAACGUCAGUAAGGAAAGGGAAACCGAAAAUGUAGCCACAGACAGCUGCAGUGUUUAGAGCAGGGGACUUGAACGACGUCGUCCAUGGAGGAGUCUUUCCACCACCAACAAUGGCAAGCAGUCCAAACAGCAAAGGCUAGAUUCUGCUGAAAGAUACCAGCAACGUAUCAUCACAGCAAUGCUGCAAAGAUAUGGGGCAAACAGAUCAGUGGAGGCAGCAGAAAGUGAAAUUCGGUUGUCAUCUUUUAGCCAGGCUUUUGUCAACCUGGUGAUUCGUCAGAGUAAAGCUUGGAAAAUAAAGAGUAAAGCCAAAGAAGAGGAGCAUGAUGCAGAGGAGCACAGUGACGCCACCAUGAGAUUGUCUGAUCUUUUCGAAAGCAUGCCUUCUGGUGCCACCAAGGUCAUUCUUCUGUUGGGCAAACCAGGCAUGGGGAAAACGAGACUCGUGAACAAAAUCUGCCAGCAAUGGGCCGAGGGAACCCUGCAGCAGUACAAACUGAUAUUCCUCUUUGAGUUUAGGCAGCUGAAUUUGAUCAGCAGAAGGCUUUCUCUGCAAGAACUCUUAUUCGACUUCUUCCUUCGUCCAGAAGAUUGUCCCGAUGCAGUAUUUGAGCAUCUCCUAGAAGAUGCCCAGCACACCCUGAUUAUCUUUGAUGGGCUGGAUGAGUUUGUGGGGGACAUCAAACUGCCAUCCUCUCCUAACCCAUUGGACCCUGAUCCUCUCAAGCCUCUUUCUGUCUCGGAACUCUUUGUGAGUCUUUGCCAUGGAAAUCUCUUGCGUGGCUGCACCGUGCUGGUUACAACCCGGCCUAAGAUGCUGCCUAACACUUUGCUGAAAACCAUCACCCUCCUGGCAGAAAUCUGGGGGUUUGACCAUGAGAAGGUUGAGGAGUAUGCCAGUUGUUUUUUCCAAAGAAACUCACUGAAGGAUCGAGCCAUCGCUUGCCUGAAAAGCAACGGCAAGCUUCUAAGCAUGUGUUACAUCCCUGCCUUGUGCAACAUUGUCUGCAUCUGCCUGGAACAUUUGCUCCUGCAAGAUCCCGGAAGUGUCCAGCUGCCCCAAACCAUGACUCAGUUUUACAUCAAAAUGGUGCUCAUCUUCAUAGGCAAGUUGCAGAAGUUGAGUGGCGCGAGUGAGAAAGUUGAUCUGAGUCAACAUCAAGCGACACUUGCGAGCCUGUGUGAGCUAGCCUUCAAGGGCCUGGAAGAGAAAAAGAUGCUGUUUUACGCUGGUGAAAUCCCAGAGCACGUGAGGGAUUUUGCUUCUUCAUGUGGCUUGCUUUUGGCCUUUGAGGUAAAGGCAAGCAAUGGCAGUUCACAAGCUGGAUACACUUUUGUCCACUUCAGUUUUCAAGAGUUCUUUGCGGCGCUUUUCCUGUUGACAAGCAAAACUGUAGAUGGCCACUGUCUGAGGGAGAAGUUCUUCUUGAGGUCAAAGUGGAUUUUGAAGAAGGAAGCUAAGAUGGCAUUCUCUGAGAACUGCCACAUCUUCCUGUCAGGCCUUUCAUCCCAAGGAUGUCGACCAUUUCUUAGCUCCUUAGCCCGGCAAAAUGAAAGUUGGAUACAAGAGCGGCAAGCCGUAAUCACACAAACGCUGAAGAAACUAGCGCGAGCCGGUUUGACUGGGCCUAAGGUUGUUGAGCUGGGCCACUGUGUGUAUGAGACGCAAGACCCUGACUUAGCGCAGCAUGUCGGGACACUGUUAAAUUUCAAGUAUCAGUUUAGAAAUUUCAGGCUGAUGCCGCUGGAUAUGACAAGUCUGGCUUUUGUCAUCAGCUGCAGCCGUAAUUUGGUGAGCUUAGGUUUUGUCGGCUGUCCAAUGGAACUCGAAUAUUUGGACAUCUUAGCCAAUUGUGACAAUAUAAAGAACCUGAGCUUUCAGGGCAGGAGGUAUGGAAACGAAUUUGCUGCAGCCAUUUCCAAAAGUCUGCCGAAGAUAAAAUCCCUGACAACUUUCCAGUUGGCAGGUGGAACUGUCACAGUCUCUGGACUUGAAGAUCUUCUACGAGCCUUUGCAAACUGCCAUCAACUUGAAGAUAUAAACUUGCAGGACAACAGGAUGAAGGAACAGGAAAUGGUCAAGGUUAUAGAAAUGUUUUCCACGGUGGAAAAGCUAAAGAAAAUAGAUUUAAGCAACAAUAAGAUUUCGUCGAACACUGUUCUAGUUUUCUGCAAAGCUGCUGCGGGUUCUCCCAAUGUUACUGCCCUGCAUAUCAGGAAGAACACUUUAACAAUUAAUUUUACGGGACAAUCCAUAAAAAGUGUCAGACUUCAGGACUGUCAGCUGUAUCCCCAACAUGCAACACCGAUUGCCAACAUUCUCAGGAGCUGUUCCCACCUGUCUGAAAUUGAUUUGUCAGGUAACAAUCUUGGAGAUGACGGAUGCAGAAAGCUGGUGAAGAUGCUGUCCAAAAUGUCGAUUUCUGGCCCCCUGAAAUUAAAUAACAACCAAUUGUCUCUGAAGAGCAUUUUCUGUCUCCUGGAUUCAAUGAGAAUUUGUCCAAAUAUCGAGAAGCUUGAAGCCAGCUUGACGGGCAACAGUUUUCAAGAUGAAGAACUGAAGAACCUGUGCUUGGCUCUGAGAAGUUGCUGCAGUGUAACUGAGCUAGAUUUGUCAAAUAAUUCUCUGGGAGACUCGGGAGUUCUGAAGGUGGCAGAGCUUCUUCCAGAUAUGAAAGCACUAUGUUCCUUAACCUUUUCUAGGAAUGCACUGAGUGAUCAAGACGUUGAACAACUACUGAAGUUUCUGCCCCAUCUCCACAGUCUGAAGUUCUUGAGCAUCAGGAAUAACAUAUUUUCACGAAAUAGCGUUCUCCAGCUGGUCAAUUCCUUUAACCUGUGUGAGCGAAUCUGUGAAGUUGAAGUCAGAUCAAGUGAAAAUGCUUUCUUGCAUUUUGUGGAUGGUCAAGAAAGUCAAGAAAUAUACUGCAGGCUAAUAGACUGUGGCAUUGGCCAGGAUGAUAUUGAAGAACUGUGCAUAAUCCUUGAGAAGAGUGACUGCCUUGCAGAACUUGAGUCAAAAACCACAUUGGGAUAUCCAAUCACAGCUCUUGAAUGUAACGUGUAG